CUAAUCACGUUGCACAUCUUUCUCUCAUUCUGCCAUGGAAUCCAAAGCCCUAGCUCUAAUCCUUCUCGCCGGCAUCCUCGCCGGAGCCCUGCCGGGGUCCACCGUGGCUCAGGACUGCGGCUGCUCCUCUGACCAGUGUUGCAGCCAGUGGGGGUACUGUGGCACCGGCGACGACUACUGCGGCACCGGCUGCCAGUCCGGUCCUUGCACUUCGACUAGUAACAAUGUCUCGGUCUCGGAUGUUGUGACACAGGAAUUCUUUGAUGGGAUUAUUGAUCAAGCUGACUCGAGCUGCGCCGGGAAGAACUUCUACACCCGGGCGGCGUUUCUCGAUGCUUUGAAUUCGUAUCCUCGGUUUGGCACGGAAGGUUCCACGGAUGAUUCUCUCCGUGAGAUCGCAGCCUUCUUUGGACAUGUCACGCAUGAGACUGGACACUUUUGUUACAUAGAGGAGAUAGAUGGUGCGUCGAAUGACUAUUGUGAUGAGGACAACACACAAUAUCCAUGUGUGUCCGGGAAGGAUUACUAUGGGCGUGGACCGAUUCAACUAUCAUGGAACUACAACUAUGGUGCAGCUGGGGAUAGCAUUGGGUUUGAUGGCUUGAACAAUCCCGAAACAGUAGCAACCGAUGUUGACAUAUCAUUUAAGACUGCCUUGUGGUAUUGGAUGACCAAUGUGCACUCUGUCAUAGACCAAGGGUUCGGUGCGACGAUUCGGGCUAUUAACAGUAUCGAAUGCGAUGGUGGCAACACUGCUGCUGUCAAUGCUCGUGUCGAGUAUUAUACUGAAUACUGCAAUGAACUUGGUGUUUCGACGGGGGAUAAUCUCACUUGCUAGGGCGACGAAUCCAUUUAUGUUAAAUGCUUGAACUGUUUUGAUAUGUAACACCAUAGACGCAAUAAAGAUGAUACAGUAUGAAUUAUGAAACCCUUGUUCUGGGGUUUUCUUAUAUCAUUGAUUAUAGCUGUGAAAUCAAGGCUUGUAUGAGCCAGUAUAUAUAAAUGGACUUUGAAAGUCUCUUCAUUA